AGGUACAGUUUAGUUAUAUUCGCAAAACAGUCUGGAACGUGUGUGCGCGUCGUCGUCUCUUUUUCACCGUUCUUUUAGUAGUAGCUUGCACUAGAGCAUUGGUAGACUACCUACCUGUAUAUGCGGUAUUCCGGGCGGACGGUCACUGCAACGGUAUUGUUGGUGGUACGGUUCAUCUUGCGGUCUUAGUGUCUGCUUGCUUCUCGCUUCUCGUCUGGGAGCUCCCAGGUGAUGAUUCUUGGCCCCGCCGGAAUGGUCUAUGCUAAGGAUAGUGGAUUAUUGUGCAUUCGAUGGGUAACAUUCUUACGGUAAAGAAGACAUUAUUGAUUGAAACUCGUUGAACCGUGAUUAAUUGUGAAGACGCUCGCACUGGAAAGAGAGCGACUAACGUAAUACACAGUGCUAGUGCAGAGUCUUACAUCGUCUGGAAGUGAUUUGUCGAAGGCUUCGUAUCAGCUUGUGUAACCGACUUCGGCGAAGGGUAGUUAAGACGUGCGCUUUAGAUAACAAGUGUUGUAUAAAAGUUUAAAAAUCCCUCUGGAAUUGUAACCCAUUUGUUCGUUGCUGAAAGUGACGUUGAAGUCUGGGUUUAAGCUAAAGAUCUCCAGAAGAUUGAGAAAAAUACUGAAGUUAUCGUUUUGUUUUUCAAAUGAGCAACUGGUCAGAGUUUUCUAAGUGUUGCUAAAGUGAAGUGUUUUUCAAAUUCUUACAAUUGCGUAAGUUGAGUUAAUUGAAACCAGGUGUUAACCCCGUCGGAAAAAAAACCCAGUUUAUGUGAGUUCGGAAUCAUGUUUAAGUUGCACGGUAAGGGAAAAUAAGUUGAAGAAAUACGCAAAACAUUUUCAGUAACGAUUUUCUUGGAUUAUCUGUUAUUACAUUUGUGAGACACCUGACAUUGGAGCCUAGAACUUUCUCACAUCAAUACUGCUUGUAUUAAUAGCUGCAGCAACAACGUGUCACCGUCAUUCGGCAAGAUGAUCUAAUCGGUUGGUUGGCAAAAAAACGUCUAUCCACUGAAUGCAAGGUCAACUAAAUCAACCCCUUUUUUGCGCAAGCUGGGUGCAAGCAGAGAAUCUAAGCAGCUGAGGAGAGAAGCGCAAAACAAAAACUGUCAUCAAAUCGACAGCAGCAGCAACCUCGAUGAAGGUGGCGUCUCGGUCGUCUUCGUCAUUUUCGUUAGGUGCUGUGUGGAUUUGUUUUUCUAAGCACCCCUCGACCGAAGUUGAAGUCGUAUGUGUCGGUAUGCGAUGUUCGAUGAACUUUGCAACUGGAAAACUCUGAGCUAAGUUUUAUUUGGUUCCGCGGGGGUGGUUCCUAAGUAGGGCAGCAACAUUGUAACUGGGUACAGAACGGACGGCGGAAGUGAGUGAGCUAACGUGUGAGGAGAGAACUCGAGUGCUAAAAAGAGAGAGGAAGAGAGUGCAUUUUGGUGCAAUUGCGCGCAACGGUGCACUUUUUUUGCCCUUGCAGUUCCUGGUUCUGCAUGCAUGUAUUCUGUUGUGUUUACUAUAAGUCUGUAUAGUAUAGAAAACUUGUGCUCGACGCUAGAACGCGAGAGCUAGGCUAGAUCGCGGAUCCCGAAGCUCGGGCCAGAGAAGCCAAAAUGCUCUCCUAUAUGUUACCAGUUGAGGAAAAAUCGCCCUCUGUGACGGCGGCCUCUAGUGGAGCAGUGGCCAGAAAUUUGAGCCUAAAUUUGAACAGUUCUACUGGCAGCAACGGUGGAAGUCCUGGGCACCACAAUCCAGGAAGUUCCAAACCCGUAGGCAACGGAAAUCGUUCCUCCGGAGGCAGCAGCAGUAGGCCGGGUACGGUUACUGUGCUAAAAACCUUUACGACGACGUCAACAACAGCAAACGGCGGCGGCAGUGCACCUACAAAAGUGAUUAAAUCGGCCAUCAAAACAAACCAUCGCUAUCAGUUGGUAGGGGAUUCUAGCAGUGAUUCCACCAACAGCAGCAGAAGCUUAGUUGGGGACGGGAACGGGGACUGCAAUGGUCGCAAGAUUGGUGGGAAUGUCGGGCUAGGGGGGAAAUAUGGUGGAAAACGAAACGGAACCGACGCUGGAGUCGGUAGCAACGGGUCUGCCACCAUCGGCGAAGAUCUGAGUGAUGAACGCACUAGCCUACUGGGGAACUCGGGUGCACGGGUUAAUGGUGUCGUCGUCAGCUGCAGCAGUGUUGCUAGCACGGUUUGCACCAAAAAUGUGGUAAAAAGUGAUAGAAAUUUCAACAAUCUCAUUUUGGUCAACGGAAACGGCAAUGUGAGCACCGGUGUCAAGCAGCUCGCGAGUGUCCUUAAGAAAACCUCCACCGGAGUCAGUGCUAAUGGCAUCAACGGUGGUGCCGAGGGUUACAGUGCCGUGAAUAGUUGUGAAGAUGAUGCGGAUGAGUCGUUCGAUGCAGACCACGACGACGAAGACGAAGAAGAGGAAUUCAACGGGGAAGACUUCGAUCUGGUUGCGGCCAAUAAUCGCAAAAAUCAAUCACAAACGAAAAUGAUGAGCAAUAGUGCUAGUGAGUCGCGAAAUCUCAACGGAAUCAACGGUAAUCAACAACAGCAGCAACAACAAUCGGUCGAAACGCCGAGCAGUGGAAUCAUAGUGGAUACCAGUGAUGCCGAUUCGGAGCAAACCGCCGUGAGUGGCGGGGGAGGUGACACUGGCAGCACUGGUGGUGGUGGAGCAAGGAAGGUCAAGAUGAACAAACUCGGCGGCAGCAAGAAUGUGACGCUCAAGAGGGUCUCAUUCGGUUCGUCCAAAGGUUCGAUGGUGGAGACGCUGGUGUUCGAGACACCGACCCCACUUCCGGAACACGCCGAGCGCCAGUUCUUCCACUCGCCCGCGGUCCUAGCCGGUGCCGGAACAACAGUUGUCACCAGUAGUGGCACCGUUCCGUCGUCGUAUCACCACCCUCAUCACCAUUACCAUCACAUGUCACAUUACCACCAUCCGAUGCAUCAGCAGCAACAGCAACCGCUCCUGCAUCCACAACAUCCGGUCCCAGGCAGCAGCACCACUGCCACGACAGACGGUGGCAGUCUUUCCGGGCUAGAUGAUAGUGGAAUAGAACUGCAAGAAGAAGUGGAACGCUCCAAGGUGCGCGUUUCGUUUUUCCAGAGCAGUAAACCACAAUCGAUCAGCCCGCCGGAGUCGCUCCUGUUCGCCGGCGGCCAGCAUAAUCUGAUACACUUUGGCCCCGGAAGUGGCGGCGGACCACCGGGAUAUGAUAACAACAACACCCUGCUAGACGCGUCCUUCAUCACCUCGGCAGCACUCAAUCAGCAGUACGAUUCGCUGCUGGCCGGCCACCCUCACCACCCUCAGUAUCAGCACCUGGUCGGGUACGACCCAGACGAUCCAGCCAGCAUGGCCGUGGCGUACGACCGGCAAAUGAGGUAGGUGUUUGUAGCGAUAAAAGUUACCUUUUUGUGGAUAGACUGGACCUUAACAAGCCUGUCUACAUAUGUACAUUAUUGGGCGAGUUUUUCUGGAAAAUUUAUGAUUAACUGACG